CACACGAUAGGGAUGCAGCUCUUCUACGGUUUGGUUGCCGCAAUAGUUGCGGCAACCCUAGUUAGUGGUCAGGCACCGUGCGAUCCGUCGGUCACCUGCCCCACCUUCAACUGUCACCCGAAUCCGAGUUGCCCGGCCAAGGAUCCGACUUACUCUGUGCUCCUACCUCACGCCGACUGCUCGAAGUUCUACAAGUGCAGCGGUGGCAAUGCGUGCGAGCAGAUCUGCCCGGUCGGACUGCACUACAACUCGGCUGAACAGGCCUGUGAUUGGCCGUCGCGUGCCUGCUGCGAUCCGUCGAUCCAGUGCGGUCCAGAUUCACCACCGGAGAACGAUUGCGUACCUAAUCCGAACUGUCCAGCUUCAUCGGCCCAAACGAUCCUGCUGCCGCACAACAACUGCGCCAAGUUCUACAAGUGCUCCGGGCCAUUCGCCUGCCCAAUGGACUGCCCACCGCUGCUGCACUUCAACCCGAAGGAGAACGCCUGCGACUGGCCUGAGCGGGCUUGCUGUGAUCCGACCGUUCCGUGCGAUCCGUGCAUUCCUGGCGUGACCUGUCCCACCGUUCCGGGACCCGGACCGGUUCCUACCCCUCCAGCCCCGAUCCCAACUCCUCCAGCUCCAAUUCCAACCCCUCCAGCCCCGAUUCCAACCCCUCCAGCCCCGAUCCCAACCCCUCCAGCACCGAUCCCAACCCCACCAGCUCCGAUUCCCACGCUACCCGAUGUACCGUGCGAUCCGUCGGUCACCUGUCCGCUAAACUGCGUGUCCGAUAUGCGCUGCCCGCCCCGUGACGGUGCGAAACCAAUCCUGCUGCCGAGCACCAACUGCAACAAGUUCUACAAGUGCCAGUCGGGUCGGGCCUGCGAGUUCGAUUGCCCACAGGGACUGCACUUCAACGAGAAGCAGAUGGUGUGCGACUGGCCACACCAGGCCUGCUGUGAUCCGACCAUCGAGUGUGUGCCGGCCUGCAUUCCCGGCGUUACCUGCCCAUGA